AUGAGGUAUGUGGGAGGAUCAGUAGAGGUUUCACAAUCUGGGAAAAUACUACCUCAAGUGGGAAAUACAACUACCAAUAGCAGUAGUGCCGUCAAGUCAGUUACCAACCAGUGUUCAAAUGGAUCACAAGAUGAAACCCAGAGACAAGUGAUGGAGGUUGAAUCCACUGGGCAUAAACUAGAGGUUAAGAAUAUGCCAGAGGAGGAACACAAAAAGAUGAAGAUUUGGAGGGAACCUAUCCUGGGAACUCAACACUACCAAAUGUGCUGCAAAUUGAAGAAACUCAAGGAAUUAUUCAAGACAAAUAGCAGAGAGCUUGGUGAUAUUUCAGAUAGGGCAAGGGAAACAAAAGAGGCCCUAGAAAACUGCUAA